AUGAAGACAUAUCUCAUACUAUUUCUAUUGUUUGAACUUGUUACCUCCGUUCCGUACAAUCAAAUUUGCACAUUUUCUUCUGGUAGUUGCAAUUGGAGCGUUGGUCGACGUUGGCAUAUCAUGACUUUAGACAGUCAAAAUAAAGUUUUAAUUGCUGACAUUGGGAGUAAAGAAGAUGAUCGAACGGGUUUUACCGAUACGAUUAUAUCGCCAUGGUUACAAUUAUCUCCAUUAUGUUCAUUCGAUGGUCGACUAACAUUUCGAUUUAGUAUUUCAAAUGAUCGUGAUCAUAUCGAGAUAUAUUUGAUUGAAAAUAAUCGAACACAAACAACUUCUCUAGGUCAGUGGAAGAGCACAACAAAUAAAGCUCAUUCGAUAAAAGUCGAUGAUCUCAGUUUACAACAAGGAAACAUUACUUUUCAAGUCUCUGAACAAUUUCAAAUUGCUAUCGAAGUCCGACAUGUUACAAACGAUCGAAAUCAUUCCAAUGCAUGGUUUGCUCUUGAUGACAUUCUAAUCGAAAAUUGUCCUUUUGCUAUUGUGAACACAACUCUCGAUAAUUUUGAGUACAUGUCAACGACAAUUCCAGUUUCCAUAUGGUUAUCCAAACUGAACGUUAACGAAAGCAAUUCAACAUUAGCCAAUGCCUCGUUUUGGAAACUGACUGAUUUCUCUUCUGAACCAUCGUCAUUAUCAUCUCGUCAAACGCUCUUAACAUUAAUUAUUUAUCUUUUCUGUGCCUUAAUUGCCUUCACCUUGCUAAUCAUACUUUGUUCCAUAAUUUUAUUUACAUAUCGCAAGCAUUGCUGUCCAACAUCACGAUCAGCUGUCGAUCAUCGCUAUCGAUAUGGAACAAAAUCGUUUAACAAUCGCAUUGGCAUCCAAAUUGAAAACCUUGAUCGUGAUUAUCAAACUGUAAAAACAAUCGAUUCUACUGUUCGACCUUGUUUCGAGUAA